AUGCAAGAACAUAGCGUUACUUCACCGCUUAAAGAAGAAAGCGUCGGCUGGAUACAACCAGCUACCAUGGACAGUAAUCAAGUGGCCAGGUUGGGUGUUUUAUACUUUGGCGCGUACUAAUUUCCUCUGGCAAGUAGUAGCGUAACACUGAUAGCGUCGUCUGCAUAAGCCACGUGAUUGCAAAUUCUCGAAUACUGAACUCUGUGCAUGGAAUAUUUUCUUUCAACAAAACUUUCCAGACUUAGUUUUACCUGGACUUUUAUUUGUUUUAUCCAGCGGGUACGGCUUGGCCAGAGCACAUUUCGAGAAGCAGCCUCCUUCAAAUCUCCGCAAGAGCAACUUUUUCCACUUCGUUUUGGCGUUCUACGAUCGCACGGGACAAGCAGUUGAGAUCGAGCGCGCUGCUUUCGUGGGUUUCAUCGAGCACCUGCCUGUAAGUCUUAUUGUAGUUAUUUACCCAGUUAAGUAAUUAAAAAAAGUAAGUGUUUAGGCAACUUUCUUGUCUAGAUGUGACUAGUUUUGCUUGUUUCUUGGUCACUUAGGAUCAGAAGAACGUUCGAAAUGGUGCGUCUUACCGGCUACAACUUCUCUAUAAUAAUGGUGAGUGGUUCGUGUUCACUUGUCCAUGUGUGCGUACAUUUGACGGACGAUGAAGUGUGUAUGAGUGAACUUGUUAUCAAAUUAAGACAGACCCCGGUGGGAAUAUGAAAGUCACUUGUGGACUGAUAACCGUCGACAAGGGAAAAGUGAUCCGCAGUCUUUAGAGACAUGUUUUGGUUCCAGUGUCCUAACCACGUCUUCAUCGCGUUUCUUGGCAGCUGUUCAUCUAACGGAAUGCGACAAUAUUCGCGCUGUAGUAUUUACUUAAGUUGCUGAGGGAGUUGCUUCUCUAAACAAACUGUACAAGUUGUUUGCUAUGCCUUAGGGAUCAGUUAUAAUCGCUGAUAAAUGUUUGGCGAAAAAAAACCCUUUGGACCAACAUGAAAAACAGUCCUAAAGAGAAACGGGUCAAAGUGCGUCGAAAUUCACAAACGCGCGUAGAGCUAAGUGCAAAGGACAAUUUUAUUUUACUUGAUUUCUUUGACCCAGUAUUUUUCCUUCUCUUUUUUGUAGGCAUUAGAAGUGAGCAAGAUGUAUUUAUUCGCCUUGUUAACUCAGCGACAAAGCAAGUAAGAAGUGAAAUUUGUGUUGCGUUCAUGUUUGAAAAAAGAAAUUACCAUACAUUUUACUUCUCAACUUAUGAAGCUAAUUAGCAUUCUUUUCCAGCUACACUAAUGAGUUGUUUUCAUGCUACCAAAGCGCUGACAAUAGACGACUUGAAAGUUCAAUUACCUAUUGACCUGAAGUCGUUUCCGUUCUUCAUAUUUUUCUAUCAUAAUCCAACGAGGAAAACGUUAGAUUAGACCUUGAAAAAUACGGAAAAAACCUUUACGCGAGUUGGACUACUAAACAUUUUUUUUUCUUCCUUAGUAAUGAGUUUUAUUUCCAGAUUUGAGCAAGAAAUCUUGCUAGAGCAAAUGUUUUGGUGACCAUAGUUACAUUUUGUGUUUAAAAGACUGAAAGGUUAGAUUAAUACCGAAGUUGAUCAGUUAGAAAGAAAAAGAUGUUAUACAUAAUCUUUUUUAAAUAAUAAAAUUAAAGCUAAAAUGUUUUGUUUCCCUCAGCCUAUUGUAUAUGAAGGGCAGGACAAAAACCCUGAGAUGUGUCGGGUUCUCAUGACACAUGAAGUUAUGUGCAGGUAAUUUUUCCAACAUUUCCUUGGGUUAGGAUGAUUUUAGAAUUUGGGGGACAUUUUGAAAGUUCUGGACCUUCCCCGGACGUCAUUCAUUAGCUAAAAAUCUAAGUGUGGUGUUGAAUGCUAAUUACUAAGAAUCUUUUGUCCUUUCCUUUUUUAAGCCGAUGCUGUGAAAAGAAAUCAUGCGGCAAUAAAAAUGAAACACCAUCAGAUCCUGUUAUAGUAGACAGGUACUGUUGACUAGUAACAAUGUAAUAGAAUUAUGUUCCCAUGUGGUGCUUAAAGCUGAAAUCUUCCCUAAGGGAAAAGUAGACCAUGUUCCACUUCUAGGCCUUAGGAAGGUAUUUUUAUUCCUAUUGUUAAGCUAUUGAAUUCAAAAGAUUACAUGCAGAGGUGUGAAAGAUGCUCUAAUUGCUGUCAGCUUUUGUUUGCUUUUAACAAAUACCUUCCUGAAAUGUUGUUUUGUCAUAAUAAAUGAUGCUCUCUUGGAAACUGUUUUAAUUCUCUCAGGAAUGGUAUCUACGUGUUGAUCAUUUUUUUGAGAAAACAUAGUAGAAACUGAUCUAAAAGUUUUCUCCAUUUUUUUUUGAAGGAAUAACAUAUUUAAGUUACAGCUUAGUAAUUAAAACCUGGUUAACUUAAAUAAUUAGCCUUGAUAAACUUUGUUGACAAUUAACAUUUGAAAAGAAAUUCCUGAGCUAAUCUGAUUUUUUUGUCACUGUAGAAACAAUUGGCUAUUGUUUAUAUUUCAAUUUAAGAUAUUUGUGUGUUAUAUUGCCUGUCUGUUUCCAUGGAUAUUCAUAUUUAAUCAACCUGCUAUUGUAUGAACUCCAGGCUAGAGUGUUGAAGCUAUUUAUACCCACAUAUACUUGAUAUUGGUUUGACAAGGAAAAGCAGCUCUGCUAACCAAGCUUGUAAAAACUGUGCUAACAGAAUAUUUUGUAUUAGUUCAUUGAUGAUGAUGAAAUAUUGUAGUGUUUUAAAUAAAUAGUAUCUGAAGUGUUAAAAAUCAAUAUUUAUGUGGGUGUAUCCACCCACAUUUAAUAACUGACAGAGGUUAUUUCACAAAAAGCAUUACCCUGGCAUUUCCUUUCUAUUGAUAACUGACAACAAUAUGAACUCAUCAUUGUCAUUAUCCUCAUGUUGCAUACGUGACAUAAGGCCCUACCAUGCUAGGUCAGAGGUCUUUUAUUUCAAUGAAAAAUAGUUUUUAAUUAAAAAUAAAUUAAUGUGAAGAUGUUUGUCCAUUGUUAUAGGGUUACUGGAAUAGUUGUAGUUGAAAGUAACAAAAGUCAGUGAAUUACCAUGAUAGCUUUUUUUUGGUCUGACUGGAAUGGUGACUAAAUAGUUUGUUGCACUUUUUUUUUUUUUGGCUUGGAAUGAUGAAAAAUGAGCAAUUCGUGCUGGAUUUACACCAAAAAAUUCUGUAACCAUUCCAGGAAUAGAUGGUUAAAAUCAUCUUUUUGUACUAUAUCAUUUCACUGUUGUAGUAUAUACUAAAACAACUAUUCUCCUGUAGUGGGGAUAAGUAGCUGGUUGUACACUGUAAAAACUUACCUCACCACUCCAGGGUACAGUAAACGUCAAACACCAGCCACCUCCACCAGAGUAAAUAAUUUUAAUUUCACAAAGGGAGUUGGUUUAGUUAGUCAUUUGCUUUGUUAAAGAUCUAAAAGUUUAAAUGUUUUGUAUCUUUACAGAUUCUUUUUAAAAUUUUUCCUGAAAUGCAAUCAAAAUUGUUUAAAAAAUGCUGGAAAUCCAAGGGACAUGAGACGUUUUCAGGUAAAAAAGAGCAUUGACCUUAGAUUUCAAAUAUUGCUUUCUUUUCUUGAGUGACCAAAUGCAAAUUACUGGUUCACAGGUGAAAAGGUUCUUGUCAGGAAAUGUUAAAAAACAAUUAAUUUUUCCUUCAGGUGCAUGUUUCUUCCUCUCCUGAUCCUGUUGCUGGAAUGUUAGCUUGCUCUGACAACAUGUUUGUACAUAACAAUUCCAAACACGGUAGGAAAAGCCGCAAAGUGGAGUCUGCAUAUGGUAGGUUUUUAUUUAAAUGUGAUGAAAUAAAGGAAAUAAAUCGAAAUAUUAACAACAUGCUGAGUUUUAUCAGUAAUCAUGCAAAAACAUUGCCAGUGGUCAUUUUUAUGUUACAAAUGUUGAGUGUCCUUUCUAAUAUAAUGUUACUAAUAGUUCUUAAAUAUCUCUUUGUAUUUUGCAGCUUAUCCAUGUAUCAAGGCUAUUUGUCCCAAUGAGGGAUGGACAACUGGAGGAACAAAUGUUGUAGUAAUAGGAGAAAACUUUUUUGAUGGUCUACAAGUGGUGUUUGGUUCACUAAUUGUUUGGAGUGAGGUAAUAUAUGAUUCAUUUGGUGGGAUUCUAAGGGGUGGGGGAUUUUAUUAUAAGUUUGAAAAGUAUUAUCAUCAAGUCAUGCUGAUGAACAAAGCUUUCAAUUGUUAUCUGUGGAAAUAUGACCUUUUUUUUUAGCUCUGUUCAGGGGUUUUGUUUAAGGUUUGUUGACAUCACUUCGCAUUGAUUAAGUUUUUGCCUAUAAAAGUAGAGCCUUUAUAUGGGCCCAAGUGGCCCAUGGGGCUGGUGCUUAACUUCGGUUUUCUUAGCAUGAAGCGGCUAGGAGUAUUGCUACUCCCCCCUGGAUGGGAUGCUAGUCCAUCACAGGGUUAAAGUUUUUGCCUAUCCUGAUGAUUAAAAUAGCUUUAAAAGCAUUUUGUUGAGUAGUCAAGGUUCAAGAUUUCUCAAGCUUAAUUAGCUUCAUGAUUGUGUCUACAGUCAUAUGUUAAAAAAAAUUAAUCUGACCGCAGACAUUAAUCCUGUUUGUUUAUUGGAAAAAAGGAGGGAAAUUUCAAGUUUUCAAAUUGUUUGAGAGGGGGAAGUUGGGGUGAAACAAUUGGUAGAAAACACAGGAAGUAGUUGGACAGUGAGACUAGCUUACAGUAUAAUGUGCCUUAUGACUUAUUAAGCCCUCUGUAAGUGGGAGAUUUCUUUGCCUUGAUCUUAAGUUGAAUUAUUGUUGCCUUUCCUAUGGAUGAAGUUUAUCACCCCUAAUGCAAUCCGUGUCCAAGCACCACCCAGACCCAUCCCAGGCAUGGUAGAAGUAACACUUAUGUACAGAAACAAGCAGUUCUGCAAGACAGCCCCUGGAAGAUUCAUGUACUCAGGUAAGAAACUGUAAAAUAUGAAGUGCUUGUAGUCUUUAUUUAAUUUCCUUCUUUGUGGCCGGUCAGAUGGAUAAUGAAGUGCAAAAAAUUGCAAAUCAGAUUUCCAACGUUUAUUAGCCAAAUUUAACCAUCAGUUACCUGUAGAUGGCUUAGAUUUUCAGCAUGCUUAUUUUACUAUUUCAUGGCACCUACAUGUAUGAAUGUUUUCGCCAUUGUCAAAGAAAAUUUUGCAAGAAGUCAUCAUACUGUUUAAGUUUUUAUAUUGUUUUUAAAUUGGUUAUUCAGUGAUUAAUGCUGUCACUCUAUCCUUUGAUUACAGCUCUUUGUGAACCAACCAUUGACUAUGGCUUCCAAAGACUGACAAAGCUGAUCCCAAGACACCCUGGUGAUCCUGAAAAGUUACCUAAGGUAAAUUAUAUUUGAGAUAUGUGAAAUAGGACUUGAAAAUUCUCAUUUCAUUACAAAACAAGGUUCUCUACAGGAGUGAGCAAUCCAGAAUUUUCUUCAACUGAGAGAACUUAAAAAUUUGAUUUGCAUAUCACUAUUUGCAGUUAUUACAAUUUCUGUUGUUAAGUUACUUUUGAUCUUUGUGAGAACCCACCUUGUACUUUCUCUACAGAUUAUCUCUCAUCUGUUGAAUUAUUUUUCCAGGAAAUCAUUUUAAAGAGAGCAGCUGAUCUUGCUGAAGCUGUGUGUUACAACCUUCCUCGCACCCCAACUCAAAUUCAUGGGUCACAGUAUCCACCCCCUGGGGGGCCACCACCCACCACUGCUGGUGGCACACAUCCAAUGAUGAUAGGACAGCACCUGACAGCCCUGUCCCCUGAAGGAAUUACAAAUGGAAGUACCUUCGUGACCAUUACAAAUCCAGAGGCUCCAGUCUAUGGCAACACAAACCCUGGCAACCAACAGCAGAGAAUAGCAACUUCUGGGGCACACACUGACGCCAAUAAUAACGAAGUUAUUGUCUCAUCAGGUACUGAUAACAACAGUCAAGGUUUUUCAUGGAGGGUGAGGUUGAGGUGGUGGUUGCCAAAAAUAUUGGAUGGUUUGGGUAUAAAAAUAUGUAGUAUAAUAAGCCAAUAAUAUCACAUUGAGGACAAGUAUAUCCAUGAACUUUGUGAGUAGAGAGUUGGUGGAAAAGUGAGCAAGAUUGUACUAUGUGUUUUGCCUUGAGGCUCUUGCUUCGAGGCCUUUGUUGUAUGCCUUUGAGGCUUGUAACACUGCAAAAUUCUACUGAUGAUCUAUUGUGUGAAGGCCAUAUCUCCACAUUCCAUUUCUCCAAGAUGUUAAGCAUCCAAUACUCUGUAUUACAUUUGUGUCCAUUAGGUUUAGUUAGAUGUAGAGGACACAAUAUGUCAUUUCUACCUGGUUUCACUUGUUCAGCAAUCUUGUAUCUGUUUUCCUCCUUAGAUGAAUUGUUCUCUGUAAUAGACCAAGGUGAACAAUAUAGUUAAUAAUAAUUAAUGGUUAAUAAAUUUUUUUAUGCUCUUAGGUAGCAGCACUCCAACUGCAAGGCAUGUCAAUUUGCCACCUGGUUAUCCCCAUGGUGGAUCUCUGGCAAGUGAAGCACAUGUUGUCUCCAAUUCUGAUGUGCCUGUAACACCCUCUGCAGCAAUCAGCAUGUCAAGUGCUGUAAAUGGUAUCAAUGCAUACCCUGGGGGACUUCCACCAUCGAUUACAUUACACAACAUGGCAGUUCCUUCAUCACCAAGUUUCCUCAAUGGUGCCACAUGUAAGUUAGAGAGUUUCACAACGUCAAGUUAACUCUAUUGAUAACUCUGUUUGAUUGGUUAUUGCUACACUUUUUUCACCGCACUGUUUAUUACUGGUAACUUGUAGAAAUCUGUUUAACCAUCUGAUGAUUAUUUGAUUUAUGCCCAUGUUUGGCCCAUGGAAAGAUUGUUUAUUAGAGACUGGGUACUUACUUCUCAAUAACACUUUCACUCCCUUGAUCUCAUUAGUAUUUGUCCUUGCUGUCUGCCAUACAAUUCUUAAAUGUUAGUUUGGAGAUUUUGGUAUUGGAUCAACUGAUAAUCCCCUAAUUUAUAUUUUUCUUUAUUUUCACUGCUUGUCUGCUUGAUACUGUAUUGAUAUUGUGAGGAGAAAUUCUGUCUUGGUCAAUAGUUGGAGAUCUUUUCUUAAAUUCUUUACAUCAUUUUAAAGCCAAAAACAAAGCAGAACUUUGGAGGAGCUGAUGAUCCUUGGAACAAAAUGUGCCUUCACUUGGAAAUACCAAUUGAGACAAAUUCUAAGUAAAUGAAUAUAAAUCUAUGCUUGUCAACCAAGCUGCAUUUUGUUUUACUCAAUCUUGCAUUGUGUUUAAUGUUGUAGUUGUUCCCCAAUCUCCAUCACUUCCUCCAACACCCAGCAGUGUACCACCCAGUGGAAAUGCAGGAAUGUUUGCCUUUCCACCAAACAUGAUUCAGGCUGUCAAACAAAAGAGUGCAUUUAAUCCUGUGAUGAGACCACCCAAUGUGUCUGAGGGAAGUACACCCACUGGCUCACAUGGAAACUCUGCUGUUAUUGUGCCAGGUGAGUGAGAGGAAAAUGAAAUUGUUUGAAUUAGUGAUCAUUUUUCUUAAUAAUAGAUGAAAUACUUUAGAUGACUAGAAAUGAAUUUAUUCUCCCAGGUAAAAUGUUACUUUAACCCUUCGACACCUGAGAAUUGCUAGUAUCUACAUUAAAUUUCUCCCAACUUUAUCAUCCCUGAAUGAUACAUUCAGGUCAUGAGAAUAAAGGAAAUGAUCACCAACUAAAGAACCUGUUGACUGCUUACGUAAAUUCGUCUCGUCGGCACCAAGGAUAAUGUGUAGAGAACAAUAUGGAGAUUAUGCAUACUGAUGUUAGGGUUAGUGUCAAGUGUUGAUAAAAGCCAUUUCAGCAGGAAAUAAGUCAGUGUUUGAUAAGGCUGGAACUGUGCACCCUUGUUAAAUGCUACUUCAAACUUAGGUACAAAACUAACGUUGGGAGUAAGGAAGAUUUUAGGAAGUUCUUUGAAUCUAACCCUAAACUGAAUUUCCGUUUCUGAGUUAGUCAUCGCGAAUAUUUAAGAAUUUGUUCAUGCUUAGCGUGCGGAUAUCGAGUUAUGGAUGCAAGCGGGAAGUUUGGAGAGCGCGAAAAAUGCGUAAGAGUAGCUCGAGGCGCAGCCGAGAACAACUCUAGCUCUAACUCAAUAUACGCACAGCUAAAAGCAUGAGCAAAUUCUUUUAUAACAGAGCGACAACAAGGAUCUGCGCGAAGAAGCCUUUUAUUGUUCCGGAUAGAGUGCAAAAUUCUCACAACGCAUCAAAAAAAAAGGAACAAACGUGCCUAUUGGUUGGUCAAAAACACGCCACAUUAUAUACUUAACAUUAUAACAUAGCUAGUAAAAUUGUUUAAUUAAAUUCAAUUGCGCGAGCGUGCUUCAUAUUCCUAUUGUGCACGCUCGUGACGUUGGCAAACAAAGCCCUCGAGAAAAAGAUUUUCCAUCGGGUUGAAAAUGUUACGAAACAAUUGGUUCAUACGUCAGCUGUGCGUUCAUCGAGAUAUGAAGCACGCGGGAAGUUUGGAGAGCACGAAAGAUGUGUAAGAGUUGCUCAAGGCGUAGCCGAGAGCAACUCUAGCUUCUUGAGUCAAGAAGCUAGAGUUAGCAUUCUCUCUAGCUUCUCUAACUCUAGCUUCUUGACUCAAGAAGCUAGAGUUGCUCAAGGCGUAGCCGAGAGCAACUCUUACGCAUCUUUCGUGCUCUCCAAUUGGAGAAUUGGUUCAAUUGGUUCAAUUGGUUCAUUCGUCAGCGUGCGUUCAUCGAGAUAUGAAGCACGCGGGAAGUUUGGGGAACACGAAAGAUGCGUAAGAGUUGCUCGAGGCGUAGCCGAGAGCAACUCUAGGUUCUUGAGUACUCUCCAAACUUCCCAAGUGCUUCAUAUCUUGAUGAACGCACAGCUGAUGUAUGAACCAAUUGUUUUAUAACAUCUUCAACCCGAAGGAAAAUUUUUUUCGCGAGGGAUUUGUUUGCUGACGUCAUGAGCGUGCACAAUAGGAAUAUGAAGCACGCUCGCGCAAUUGAAUUUGAUUAGACAAAUUUACUAGCUAUGUUAUAAUUGUUUUUUGUUCAUAGCGGCUCAACAGGACCUAUAAAAGGCAAACACGCGUGCUAUGUUAUGAAAAAAAUUAGGUCUAAUUUGCUUUGCUGUAGGUACAACUCGUCAGAUCCCUUGAUUUCCAAGAUGUAAGCGACGUCUUAAACAUUGCUUUUUGCUAUGGUUUAUCUGUUUAUACUAGAAUGGCCGAAUAUCGACUGCUUACGCGUUAUCGUGGUUUCUUCAUAUUCUACAGGUAUGCCUUCCUCCUUUGGUGGCACAUUUGCAAUUCCUGUAAGUGCUGCAGUCCAGUCCAAGCCAGCGAGCCAUGUGGGAGCAACCUCUUAA